AUGGACGACUCUGUUACGGGUAAGAAAUCAAGUUUUGCUUCUUCACUGUACAAUCCCGUGUACUGUGAUAUCUGUUCUGCAAGUGAUGAAUAUAUAAAAGCACACGGCUACUGUAAAAAUUGUGAACAAUAUCUGUGCAAUGCUUGUUUUGAUUACCAUUUGAGACCAAAACCAUCGAGGAAUCAUAUUCUCCUUAAUAAAGAUGAAAUGCCCAAGCGCAAUGAUUCAGAGAAGCAGGAUUUUGAAGCAGAGACUGAGCGUGUAUGCACGGAGCACUCGAAUGAAACCCUGAACUUUUAUUGUUCAGCACAUGAACAAUUUUAUUGUGGUUCAUGCAUAGCUCUUGAACACAGAACGUGUGAACAUGUUGAUUACAUUCCGGAUAUUGCUGGUAAUUAUAUAACUAGCGACAACUUUAAAGAGUUCGAAGAGAACAUUGGGAGGAUAUUGAAAAAUGCUGAAGAAUGCAAUGCUAAAUGUUCACUUGCGGCUGACGCAAAUGAAAAACACAUCGAGAAAGUACUUUGCGAAAUUGACAAUUAUCGAGAACGUGUGAUUAAGGAGUUGAAUAAACGCGAAGAGGAGGUUACCCAAAAAGUAAAUGAACAUAAUCUUCAAAUUGUUGAAAAUUUGACAGACAAAUUGGAACAUUGUUCGAAAGUUAAGUCAGAGGUAAUGGCCUUAAGAAAAGAAAUGAUGUCCCUGAAAGCAGACAAGAAACACGGAAAGAUGUAUAUUUUAGCAAAAACAAAUUUAGAACAAUUGGAAAAGUGGGAUUCCAUGCUACCUGACGCUGAAGUCUUAAAUGACCUGGAAACAUUUAAAUUUUAUCCAAACAAUAGCAUUGUUGAUAUUCUAUGUGAACCAAACGCAUUUGGUGACUUCGGGACAUUUGACACGGAUGCAGAUGCUUUGAAUGAUUUUCAAGUAACAGGGUCUAAGGUUUUGGAAGAUGGAGCAACUUCAAUUAAUGAGUCAAAUGAUAACCAAAUGCCUAAACAACAGACUUCAUCGCAAACAAAGACUAGUCCAGCAUCUUCUGGUUCAAUGAAUAGUCAUAAACCAACUACUUUCAAGAAAUUACGCCAUAGUUCUGAUAUUGACAUCAAAGCAUUUACAGGCGAGAAAAAACCAUGGGUAACUGGAAUCACAAACAUAGACGAAAAUGACAACAUACAUGCAAUUGCGGUGUACAACAGUCAACAAAUUGCUGUAAUUGAUUCAAGACGAAAGAAAAUAAUUGCAAAGAAGGAUGUUCAAAGUGGGCCAUGGGAUGUAACCUGUUUAAAAGCCGGUGAAAUUAUAGCUACAUUACCGUUCAAAAGUAAGCUGAUGUUCAUCAAAGUUCUGCCUGUAAGAGGUCAGCCGUCUGGCACGAUGGAAAUAAAGAUUGUUGAUCACGUCGAUGUUUCUGGCGACUGUCAUAGUAUAACUAAUGACGAAGAGAACUUGUAUGUCAGCUACCAAAAUCCCGGUAAGAUCGAAUGUCUUCAUUUAGAUGGAACCGUAGUUUGGAAAAUAGAAUUUGAUAAAGAAGGUUCGAGUCUCUUUGCCGAACCUCAGUAUAUAAAAUGCAAUGUUCAAUGGAAGUUUUUAUACGUCACUGAUUGGAGUUCUAAUAACGUAAUCUGUCUUUCUACUGGCGGUGAAAUCAAGGCGACAUUUAGCGAUGAAAAGCUAAAAGCUCCAACUGGAAUAACUGUUGACAAAGGUGGAAACGUUUUUGUUGCCGGUUAUCAUAGCAACAACAUUAUACAAUUCUCCCCAACGUUCAAACAAUUCCAGAUUGUUCUUGAUAGAAGAGAUCAAGUGGUAUUCCCACAAACGCUUGCAUUUUCUGCAAAUUGUACUAAGGUAUGCGUUGGGUUUCGCAACAAUGAAGCACUCAGUUUGUACCGAGUAAAAUAG